UUUAAUAAUGUGUGCAAUAGCACAGUAUGCUCUGCUUUGGGGUAUAAUUAUUGGGUACACCAUCAUCGCAUCAACCAGUAUGAUAGCAGUGAAGAAGUCAAAUUGCUUUCAUAAGAAUGGGCAUAAUGCUAGUUGCAAGACAUCUGAGGCUAUGUUUAUGGUUAUGUAUGGAUUGUUUCAAGUAGUAUUGUCCCAGCUACCAAGCAUGCACAAAUUAGCAGUGACUUCGGGGGUCGCAGCGAUCAUGUCGUUUGCUUAUUCAGGAAUAGGCCUCUCUCUAAGUGUAGCAAAAUUGGUGUCUAAUGGUGUGAUCAAAGGAAGCAUUGCAGGAAAUUCUCUGUACAGUGGUGAAUCCUCUUUGACAACCAAGCUGUGGAACAGUUUCCAAGCCUUAGGAAAUAUUGGCAUCGCCUACGCUUUCUCCCCUGUUCUACUAGAAAUUCAGGACACUUUGAGAUCACAUCCUCCAGAGAACAAAGUCAUGAAAAGAGCUACAUUGUAUGGGAUUGUGGUGACUUCCGUGUUCUACACGUCUCUUGGUUGUGUUGGGUAUGCAGCAUUUGGGAGUAAAACACCAGGCAACAUCCUCACUGGAUUUGGAUUCUAUGAACCAUUUUGGCUUGUCGACAUUGGGAAUGCAUGCAUUGUGAUUCAUCUCCUAGGAGCUUAUCAGGUCUUCGCGCAGCCGCUCUUUGCUGCGAUCGAGGAUAGAGUGUCCUCGAAAUGGCCAUCAAAUUUCUUAUUAGAAGCACGCUAUGAAGUAAAAUUACUAUUUUCGACCCAAACCAUAUGGAAAGUGACCCUUUUUUCUCUCAUCAUGCGCACGACUGUUGUGUUGUUGACAACCCUAGUGGCUAUUUUGGUGCCUUUCUUCAACUCAGUGGUUGGCCUCCUUGGUGCCAUUGCCUUUUGGCCUCUCACUAUAUAUUUCCCAGUUGCUAUGCACAAAUCUCAAACUAAUGUAAAGAAGGGCAGUAUGAAGUGGUUCCUCCUCCAAUGCUUGGUGCUGGCCUCUCUCAGUGUCUCUGUCAUAGCUGCCAUAGGCUCCUUGGUGGGCAUCACCAAAAGCCUUAAGCAUUCAAAGCCCUUCCAGGCUAAGUACUAAUUAGAA